AUGAAUGAUGAACAUGAAGGCUCAUCAUGGAGGAUUUUAAACAUGAAUGAUGAACAUGAAGGCUGUUUUUGGGGGAUUUUAAACAUGAAUGAUGAACAUGAAGGCUGUUUUUGGGCUUGGGAAAACAAAAUGGUGAAAUCUACUGUUGUUGCUAAGAGGUGGGCAACUGAAUUAAAAGACCACCCUGAUUGGAUGAUGAGGAAGUUCAAGGAUAAGGUGUGCAGUAAAGAGGGAUUUUAUGUUAGUGAUCAACAAGCCUAUAGGGCAAUCUGGAAGGCAAGGAAGUUAAGAGUGAGCAAUGAGGAGGACAAUUUCAAGAGGAUAUGGAGUUACUGUGCAGAAGUUGAAAGAACAAACCCUAGAACAACAUGUCUUGUGCAAACAAUUCCCUCGGGUGAUCAAAGUGGUCAUGAAAGAUUUUUGAGAAUGUAUGUUUGUUGGGCAGCUUGCAAGCAGGGAUUCAAACACUGUAGAGGACUGAUAGGUGUAGAUGGCUGUCACCUUAGAGGUGCAAUUGGUGGGAUGAUUUUGACUGCUGUAAGUGUAGAUGCAAAUGACAGUGUAUUUCCAAUAGCAUAUGCUAUUGUAGAAGGAGAGAAAAGGGAGUCUUGGAAGUGGUUCCUAACACUUUUGAAAGAUGAUUUGGAGAUCACACCAAGUAGGGAGGAUGAAAUCUGUUUCAUUAGUGACAAACAGAAGGGGUUACUUCCAGCUUUUGGUGAGGUGCUAUCAGGUGUUCAGCGCCGAUUCUGUGUUAGACACUUGCAUGCGAAUAUGAAGGUAGCAGGUUUCCAGGGUAGGGCAAUUAAGGAUUCUCUAUGGGCUUGUGCUAGGGCAACCACUGUUAAUACAUUCAAUGCAGCCAUAAGCAAGCUGAGGGGAUUAGAUGAGGAUGCAUACCAAUGGUUAGGUGAUAAGAGUCCAACUAAAUGGUCCAGAUCACACUUCUCUACAAACACUAGAUGUGACAUGUUGGUCAACAACAUAUGUGAGUCAUGGAAUUCUAAGUUGUUGGAUGCAAGAGACAAACCAAUCAUAGACUGCCUAGAGGUUAUAAUGAAACAAUUGAUGGCUAGAUUUUAUGACCAAAGACAGAAAGCAACAGAAUGGAAGACUUUGAUAUGCCCUACCAUUGUGAAGAAGUUGAAACCAAUUGAGAAGGAGGCUGCAGGGUACUUGGCCACACAAUGUGAUCACUUCAAAUUUGAGGUUGGACAGCUUUAUGGGGAUCAACAAGAAGUUGAUUUGGAAAGGAAAGAAUGUUCUUGUAGGAAGUGGCAACUAACUGGGAUUCCAUGCAAGCACGCACUAUGUGCAAUUUGGAAGAAAUAUGGCAAGGGUGCAGUGUUUGAUUAUGUCCAUCCCUGUUACUCAAAGCAAACUUAUCUGGAAAUAUAUAGUGGAACUAUCAACCCCAUGGCAGGUCCUCCUGAGUGGCCUAGGUGUGACAGGACCCCCCCAUUGCCACAUGUAUACUCUGCCAAGGUUGGGAGGCCAAAGAAGCUGAGGAAAAAAUCAGCAGAUGAAUUGAGUCAAGAUGGCCUGAAAGUUUGUAGAAAGCAUAUUCCACUCCAUUGCUCUGUGUGUAGAGAAGCUGGACAGAAUAGCAGAAAAUGUCCUUCAAAUCCUAAUAAAAAGGUAAAUGAGGAUUAUGAGGAUUACUAG